AUGAGUGAAUGGGGAGAUGUUGAUGUUGGAGUAGAGGAGGAUGAUGAUGUGGUAGAUGGCGCCAAGUUGGGUGACAAGUUUGUAGGUGAUGUGUUUCUAGCUGGAACCAUUGGUUUGGUAUGGUUCAAGAGAGGAGGUCUUUUGGAAAUUGGAGGUUUAUCUUCUCCUCGAGGUGAUAUUCUAGCUGGUGGCAGCGGUGGUCCCAUAUUGUUUGAUCCACCAACAUCGAGCAUUGUAUAUGAUGGAGAAGAAGAAGAAGAAGAAGAAGAAACCAGACCAAGAUCCUUAAAUGAUGAUACUGAUGGAGGUGCAGUGGAAGGCAUUGGAGGUGGUGUCGUACUCUCACUAUGA